CUUUCACACAUAUUCAUUUUAGUAGAUACUUCAACAUCAACAUAUUUAAUUAUAUGCUGAAAUCAAGUUUUUAUCAACAAAGCAAAAAAAAAGAAAAUGAAAAACUAAUAAACCCAGGUAUAAGUAUAUCAUUCACUUCUUUGUAAAAAGAAAAUCUUUUCACUUCCGAAUUCCUUCUAAUCAUCUUUCUUAAAGGAAGCCCUCACCUACCCUUUGCCCAACCUAACAUUAAAUUAUUUGGGAAGAAUUUUUCUACAUCAUAUUUGACUGAAAAUGCUCUGAAAGUUAAAAAGAAAAGGAAUAUAUUGACAUGUUGUUUACCUACUUCAACUUUAUACCAUCUGAUAAGCCGUUGAAAUCUGACAGGCAUUGUUUGGUUUGAGUAAAUGUGUCUGUAAAACAAUUUUAAUGGAAUCAUUUUUGCAACAAAAGUAGUUCGAGUCGAAUUUUUUGUUGGUAUCACCUCGGUGGUUUGGGUUUCAGAAAUAAAAAUUCGACUGUUUUUGUAUGUAAAAACUAUUAUACAUUUUAAAGUUUUAAUUAAUGUUUAAAAAACAGAAUAGAUACUUCAAAAACUCAUUUACUAUUCAAAAGCAUGCCAUCAAUAGUGUUAAUUUUUAAGGGCUAAUUUGGAUCAAUCUUCUAAUUUUGAGGGUCAAUUUCAAUUGUACAUUUUGCAACUUCUAUAUAUAUAUAUAUAUAUAUAUAAUGGCGAGUUGUAUAUAUGUAUACAAGCAGCCACUCCUCGUCGACUGCUGGUGCGACCCAUCUGCAGUUCUUCUCCCGCAUAAAAUAAAAUUCAGUCGGGCGCUGUAAUUGAAGUUGUGAGUUUUUAGCUGGUUAUCUGUAAGGGAGUGAGGAGAGGAGAAUCAUGAGUUGGGUAUCUCUGAUUUUCGUCCUUCAUGUCCUCAUUCACUUGCAUCUUGCAUCUUCAUCUUCUUUGACUUUCGAUGAUCUGUCUCAAAUCCCCAUAAAGUUUCUUAAUUUGGCUAAAGAACAACACUUGGUUGAUUGGAUGGUGGGUAUUCGGAAGAAGAUACAUGAAUACCCAGAACUGGGAUUUGAGGAAUUUGAGACCAGUAGACUUGUUAGAGCAAAACUUGACGAACUUGGAAUUUCUUACAAAUACCCAGUUGCUGUAGCUGGUGUUAUUGCCUACAUUGGUACUGGUCAAUCACCAUUUGUCGCGCUAAGAACAGAUAUGGAUGCUCUUGCGAUGCAGGAAAUGGUGGAGUGGGAAUACAAGAGUAAAAUACCUGGGAAGAUGCAUGCUUGUGGACAUGAUGCUCAUGUUGCAAUGCUUCUUGGGGCUGCAAAGCUGCUCCCAGACAAUCGCCAACAACUUAAGGGCACAGUUGUUCUUGUUUUCCAACCAGAUGAGGAAGGAGGUGGAGGGGCAAAGGAUAUUGUUGGUGCAGGAAUAUUGGAUAACGUUGAGGCUAUCUUUGGGUUGCAUGUUAAUCCUAAAAUACCUAUAGGCCAAGCAGCUUCCAGACAAGGUCCUAUUUUGGCAGGGAGUGGCUUCUUUGAAGCUUUGAUAAGUGGAAAAGGAGGUCAUGCAGCCCUUCCUCAGUACUCAGGUCCCAAUGUGAUUAUUAGCUUGCAACAUCUUGUUUCGCGUGAAGCUGACCCACUGGAAUCACAGGUGGUUACAGUAGCAAAAUUUCAAGGUGGAGCUUUCAAUGUCAUCCCAGAUUCAGUUACCAUUGGUGGAAACUUCCGUGCUUUUUCAACGGAAAGCCUCUUGCAAAUUAGGAAACGCAUUGAGCAGGUGAUACAAGCUGCAUUUCAGAGGUGUAUCUCAACUGUCAACUUCUUUGAAGACACGAAGCCUAUAUUCCCUCCUACCUUAAACGAUAAAAACUUGCAUCGGUUCUUUGAAAAUGUUGCAGGAGAUACGCUUGGCGUCAAUAACCUUCUGGAGAUGAAACCCACGAUGGGAUCUGAGGAUUUUGCAAUCUACCAAGAGGUUAUACCAGGAUACUUCUUCUAUAUCGGAAUGCAGAAUAAGAGUGUGCCGCCACUUGAAAAUGGACACUCGCCUUAUUUCAAGGUUAAUGAAGACGUACUUCCCAUUGGUGCUGCACUUCAUGCAUCAUUAGCCACUAGAUUUCUUCUCCAAUCUCAACCAAAACUGGAUUUGCCUGAGAAAAGCUACAAGGAUGAAUUUUGAGAUGCCUUGGUUGAAUCAUCUCCUCAAUCGGUUGCCUUUUUUGUUUUGUUUCAGGUUAUACAUUAUUCUGAUCUGAAUUUAUUUUCUCAAUUAGUUUCUUCAAACUUGGUCAAUAUCAGGAGAAUUAUGACUCUGUACUACCAAUAGGUAGUAGAAAAACAAUGUUUCUGAUACCCAACCUGAUGAAUGCUAGGUAGAGAAUUAUGACUCUUUA